UAGAUGUGUUUUUUUUUUAUGAAUUUCGAUUUUUAGGGCUUGUAAACAGUUUGUGAUCGAAAAUUGAAAAGAAAUUGAAGUAGUUUGUGUUUUUUUCGGUGUAAGUGUUAGGAAUUACUUUGAUGUUUGUGGAAAUCGUAGGUGUUUUUGUUUGCGUAAUUGAAUCACCAGAAUAAUUCGUUUAUAUCAAUUCUCUACUUUCGUUUCUGCUUUGUUUUGAUGAAUUUCGUUUUUUAGGGUUUCUUAACAAUUUUGGUCGAAAAUUGAAAAGAAAUUGAAGUAGUUUGUGUUUUUUUUUUCGGUGUAAGAGUAGGAAUUAGUCUGAUGUUUGUGGAAAUCGUAGGUGUUUUUGUUUCGUUUAUACCGAUUUCUCUACUUGUUUCUAGUUUCGUUUCUGCUUACAGUUUAGCGAAUUUGUCGUUUUUUUAAUGUUUGUGAAUGAUUUUGAAUGUGUCUAGAAAUGAUAUCUUAGAUGAAAUUAGGUUAGGUUUAGUUGAAAAUGGAAUAUUGGUGAAAUCGAAAGUGUUAGCAGUUGUUAUUUGCGAAAAUAAUUGACUAUAUUAUUUCGUGUUUCGAUUUUGCUACCAUUUUUGAAGUAUAAGAAGUGAUAUUUGGGGCUAAGUAGUUUUUUCUUAUAUUUUUGGUAUCACUGCACUUUGAAUGAAAUUUGUUGUUUUUGUUUUGUGAUGCUUGUGAACGAUUUUGUAUGUGUAGAAAUGAUGUCUUAAAUACAAUUAGGUUAGGGUUUGUGGACAGUUGUAAAUGGAGAAUUUGUGAAAUUAAAAGGGUUAGUAUUUGUUGUUUGUAAAACAAUUGACUAUUAUUUUGUGUUUGGAUUUUGCUACCAUCUUUUGAAGCAUGACGAAUAAGUGGUGAUAUUCAGGGCCAAGUUAUGCUUUUGUAUUACAGUGACUCAAUGAGGUAAGCUCUCUUUGCUGAUAUAUUUUUUGUCAGUGAAAUUUGAUUGACCUUUGUUUUGGCAUUGAUUCAUUAUGAUUUUUGUCUUGGAAUGAUUUAUUAUUUGCUCCGAAACAUAAUAAAUGCAACAAAUGGGUAUUAUUUGCGAGGUAUAAAAUAUUUAUUUGUUGCGUUUAUUUUGUUAUGGAGGGAGUAAAUAUUAUUUUGGUUAAUUGAUCCCAGUACGAUAGUGUUUGCCAACAGUUCAUGAAAAGUUGGGGUGAUUGAAAAGGUCCGUAUUUGUGAUAUGUACAAUAAAUCGAUAAUCAUGUAGUUGUAUUUCAUUGACGAGGUAGUUGCAGAUACUUUUGAAAUUUGAAUAAUGCUUGAUUUGGAAUUAGAAAAGAAAUUGUGAAGGUGAUAUUGAGGCUUAUGAGACUAGUAUGAGUUUCUAUAUUUGUACUGUUGGACCUGUUUACUUUUGAUUGGAUUUGAUGGUUACCUGGUUACUAUUAUCAUUGAAGUACAUAAAUACAAGUUGAAGUAAUAUUCAGCUGUAAAUUGAGGUGUUCCUGUUAUCUACUGAUUGAGCAAUGAUAAUGUUGCAUCUCCCAUGACAUACUAUCGUUGCUAUUCAUUUGCAAAGUUUGAUUUGGUUGAUACCUAAAUAGAAGAAUGUAGUUGAGGUUUGAUCUUUGUCCAUAUUGGUGGUCGUCUGGUCGAAACUUCAUGGUCAAUGGCUCAAUGCAGUGUGCACAGAAAUUAAGCAUUAAAAUUUAAGUAAUGGUGUAGAUUAUGAUCUUAAAUUCUUUAUUUUGUUGUUAGGCAUAAAGUUUGAUCCAUAGUUCUGUAGUUAUUUCAAGUUUUCAACCCUUACCUUUGUUAGCAGGCUCGCUGAGAAACCUGUAGAAAAACUCCCCAGAGACAGGCAGAGAAUCUCUUCAUUUGUUAUCAGGGACAAGUAUGUUUUGAGGUGAUAAUCUUAGAAUUUCACACUUUGUCGUCUCAUAGACUAGCCUAGAGGAUGCAAGCGAUUGAUAGAACGUGAGCGGAUGCUAUAACUCCGAAACACUCUUAAAACGUGGGUUACUAAGCCGCUGGUGAUUUAUUUCUUUCUCUUUAUAUGGUUAUCGUUUCGCUUACUUCUGAGUGCUGUUGGGAUUUGGGAAUACCCCUGGGCCCUGAGUUCCCGACCCUUUGCUGUUUCCUUGUUUUAGCCUUGCAAUGGACUCAUAAUGUAUAUCAUGUGUAAUUUUGUGAUCUGAUGUUGGUGAACUGCCGUUCUUAACUGCCUGUUCUGAUUUUUUUUCUUAUUGAAUUGAGGUCUGGUAUCAACAUUGUUUGUUUUUCCGUACAACUUUUAAAUUUAUGAAGUUUACUAACAUGGUUUGUAUAUCUGUUCACAUUUUUUUCUUUUGGAUGCUAAUUUGUUUUGAGCUUCAAUGUAGGUCAAUACUCAAUAGUUUGGUCUAUCUACCCCUUUCUGUGAAGAUUCUGUCAUGUUUGAUAUGCUGUGAAUGAAUGAUCACAAGAGUUUGCCUGGCUGUUUGGCUACUGCAUCAAAGGUUUAUACCUCCCCCUCUCUCAAUACAAAGCUGUUUCUCUCCUUUCUAGAUUUUUUGUACUCUGGGUGAUUGUUGAUAAUUAGUCUAAAUUAUUAAUUCGGAAUGUGAAGCUGAAAAAAAAGAUAUUUAGCUACUCGCCCAAAUUCAUGAAGUCAUUACUAGUUUGCUACUAUUUUGUUAAUUAACGGGGUAGGAGCUAAAAUAUCUAGUGAUUCAGAACUUAAGGGUGGUUUAAUCUCAUCUGCAAAGAAUUCCUUAAGGUACUGUAUGGCUUUUAAGUUCUGGACUUGCAUUUUGCUGAUUUAGUAUGUCUAAGUUUAAAUAACAGCAUCUUUAUAUAAGGUGAAAGAUGUUCUGCAACUGUAGUGCAUUAAUCAUAUAGCUUUGCAUCGAGUAUCCGAGUUCAAGAAACCUGAGAGCAUUAGUUUGCCAGUUGAGUUUCUUCACUUCUUACUGCCUCUCUGCUCUCUUUGUAUGUCUCUCUCUUCUCAGCUCCUUAAGGUGACUUGCAGUCUUGCAGGUGAGGCCACUCUUUUUCUAAACUGCCAAUAUGUCAUGCACCCUCCUAAAUCACCUGCUGUGCUCUUUACUUACUCAAGGCGCAAGAAGAAGGGUAAUAUGGGUAAUAACCCUAUUACUUGAAGAGGAAGAUUAGAGGAAUGAGCUGGACAAAUCAAGAGGAAGGAAAAAGAAGAAUGACCUAGUACUAUAAAUAGGGGUAAUGAUUAGAUAUCUGGCAUUCAGAAAAGAAGUGAGAAUUUAGUAUUGUAUUGUAAUAGUAGGCGGCAGUUAGUGGUGUACUAUUCAGUCACAAUCAAUACAAUCUCCAUCCUUCCCUAUUUCCGGGAGUUUCUCUUUUAUUACCGUUAUUUAAUUAUCCAACUGAGUUGCCAUUGUUAAGCUAUAACAACUUGGUAUCAGAGCCACCGUCGCCGGAGCGACCAUGCCACCCACGCAGGGACAACGUAUGGAUACUCUGGAGAUAGAGAUGGGGGAGCUGAGAGAGGCUCUCCAGACUGAGUCGGAGAAGUUUGAACGCUUCAGGGAUAAUAUGGAAGAAUCCAGCAAACAGAUCCGAGAAGAUUUUUUGAAAGUGGCAACACAUCACCGGAGAACAGACAAAACUGAGGGAGGAACUCCGGUCGAUGUUCGCAACCUACAACCGAAGCUCUGAAGGUCCCCCACCAGGAUUUGGGCGAUUCUCUAACCUGGGAGGCGAUUCCGACAACCCAGGUGGCGGUGGUGGAGGGCAUUCAAACUGGAAGUAUAGGAAGUUAGAUCUUCCCAUCUUUGACGGGCAAAACCCAGAUGGUUGGAUCCUCCGAGCUGAGCGAUAUUUUGGGUUUUACCGAUUGUCGGAGGAGGAGAAGCUGGAAGCUGCGGUAGUGGCGUUUGACGGGAGGCGCUGUCAUGGUAUCAAUGGGAGAAUAGAAGGAGACCUAUAAGGCGAUGGGAAGAAAUGAGGUCCCUUCUGUUACGGCAGUUUCGCACCUCCAAUGUCGGGUCAUUACACGAGGCAUGGCUAGCUUUAGAACAGACGUCAAGUGUGGCGGAGUACCGGAGGAAUUUCAUUGAACUAAUAGCACCUUUGGAAAAUGUUCCAGAACCCAUAGCACUGGGCCAAUUCCUGAAUGGGCUUAAAAAAGAGAUUCGAGCUGAAGUAAGAGUCCUUGGGCCUAGGUUCCUGGAACAGGCCAUGGAUUUAGCCCUUAAGGUGGAGGAAAAAUCCAAAUAUUUCCCAAGCCACAGAGGAAAUACAGGGAGUUACAAGAGUCAAGGCCCAUUUCAAAAUAUGGUCAACCGGCCCAGCCCUAGCACCCAACUCACCCCACUAGCCCAAAACCGAAACUUUAACCUCCCACCUACCCAAAAGAACCCAUCUCUUCCUUCCACUUCUCACAACCCACAUACCCAGACACGUACCUUUAAUCGGCCACGACGGUUGACAGAGACAGAACUACAAUACCGUCGGGAGAACAACCUUUGCUUCCGGUGUGACGGAAAAUGGGAAGCAGGACACAGGUGCCAGAACAAAGAGUUAAGCGUGAUUUUGAUAGGCGAUUCGGUGGAGGAAAUAGCUGAAGAGAAUGAGGAGGAAGAAUCGGAGAAGGAAGAGGUGGAAGUUAACGCGGCGGAGGUGUCGCUGUGCUCAGUGGUGGGUCUCACGGGCCCAAAAACCAUGAAAUUACUGGGAAAAAUUGGAGGAGACGAAGUGCAAAUAAUGAUUGACUCGGGAGCUACACACAACUUCAUCUCCCUCCUCGUGGUGGAGCGACUAAAAAUUCCGGUAGAGCAGGGAGGUGCGUUCCGUGUUUCUUUAGGUACUGGAACAGUAGCAAAGGGCAAGGGGUACUGCCGGGGAGUGCGUAUAGAGGUACAAGGGGUAUCAAUCACUGAGGAUUAUCUUCCUCUGGAGUUAGGUAAUUCUGAUGUAAUCCUUGGGGUUCAAUGGUUGGAAAAAUUGGGGGAAAUUACCACAAACUGGAAAUCACUUCUUAUGAAGUUCCGGCACGAAGGACGAAUAGUGGAGUUACGGGGUGAGGCCGCGAUGGGGAAGACCCAGAUCUCGGUCAAAGCUAUGGUGAGAACGCUACAAAGGGAAAAAGGGGGAAUCCUGUUGGAAGCUUAUCAGGUGGAAGAAGAGACGGGGGAACCAGAAAGUAUGAGCCUUCCACCAUUUUUACAGGAAGUGGUGGCUCGAUACCGUGAAGUGUUCGCGGCAACCACAGACUUGCCCCCAAGAAGGGGUAGGGAGCAUGCAAUCAUCUUGAAGCAAGGGAGUAACCCGGUGAGCGUCCGACCCUAUCGAUACCCCCAAGUCCAGAAGGACGAAAUUGAGAAGUUAAUCAGAGAGAUGCUUGCAGCGGGUAUAAUUCAGCCAUCUACUAGCCCGUUUUCGAGCCCGGUGCUGCUAGUAAGAAAAAAAGAUGGAGGUUGGCGCUUUUGUGUGGAUUACCGAGCUCUGAACCGUGAAACCGUGGCUGACAAAUACCCGAUUCCGGUAAUUGAGGAACUAUUGGAUGAACUACAAGGUGCAGCUUUUAUAGCAAGCUAGACCUGAAAUCAGGCUACCACCAAAUCCGGGUCCGAACAGAGGAUGUGCCCAAAACAGCCUUCCGAACUCAUGAAGGUCAUUACGAAUUCCUCGUAAUGCCAUUUGGCCUCACAAAUGCUCCGGCAACCUUCCAAUC